UUAUAAAAACAGCCGAUAUUUGACCCCAUCCGACAAAUUGGCUGGUAUCUAUUAUCUAAUCUAAACUUAUCCUUUUCUUUCUGUGGCUUCACUCUCUCGUAUGCCUAUUCAGUUCAGAGGAGCAGUCUAUGAAACUUGAAGUAUCUCAUUGAGCUCAAUAAUCUUAGUACAAGAAAGAUACAAAAUAGAGAGGCAGGCGUAUGGCUGUAAUUACCGGGGCAACUUCCUGGUCUUCCACCCUCUCUUCAAACUCAGCAUCAGCUCACAAGAUUGAACGCAAGCUUUGUACCCUCCCCAGUAUCACUUUCUAUUUGGAAAGACAUGUAAAGACCCAAUUUUUAAUUUCCCCAACAAGCCAAACUCACCCAACAUCACUACUCUUUGCAACACUGAGGAGUCCCAGAGGCUUUGGACCCUCUCAAAGGAAAACCAAGAAGACCAAGAAGCCAAGCAAAGAUGAUGAUGAUGAUGAUGAUGAUGAUGAGGAAGAGGAAGAAGAGCCUGAUCAAGGCGUGAUCCCAGAGGUAGUGACCAACAGAAUGAUGAGCAGGAUGGGGUUCUCAGUGGGGAUACCACUGUUCAUAGGGCUUUUGUUCUUCCCAUUCUUUUACUAUCUGAAAGUUGGAUUGAAGAUUGAUGUACCCACAUGGGUACCCUUCAUUGUGUCAUUCUUCUUCUUUGGAUCUGCUCUCUUAGGUGUGAGUUAUGGGAUUGUAUCCUCUAGUUGGGAUCCAAUGAGGGAAGGUUCACUCUUGGGUUGGAAUGAGGCUAAGAAGAACUGGCCUGUCUUUUGGCAAUCACUUUGGGGUGGAUCUAGGAAAAAGUAGGGUAUUUUUAUCUUACAUCUGUACAUCUAUUGACAUAAGACAAGCCUAGCAAAUCUAACCUACGAAACUCUACAUUUGAUUAGGCGGAAAAUGUUUUCCUUAAGACAUAUUUUUCAUUGGAAAACAUUUUCCAAAAGAAUGGCUUGUUUUUUGUAUGUUUGAUUGCAACUAAAAUGAUCCCGAGAACAUUUUGUAUUA